CCUUCUUGCUGAGCCAGAUCCAUACUCACGCCCCCAAAGACCAUCGCGUCAUCCACCCUGCGGGCAUCUCAUUCCUGACUGCCACUGACGUCUCCGGAGGCCGCAUUCGUCACGGCAAGCCGUACGACUGAUGUGCAGACAAUACCGUCCACCAAAGCGCUCAACAUGCAUGCGCGCAUGGGAACAAGCGCGUCUGUUGUCCGAGGAGACGCAUACUCUGAUUAAAGCUGCGCAAAGCCGAGUCUCAUUGUCUUCCCUCACCUGGGCACGCAUUACCUGUAACCAACCCCUCGCCGCCUUCAACUCACCGCCACCGCAAUUACUGCCACCGACGACAUUCGAACCCCGACACGCUCGGUUUCGGCCGGUCUCGCGAGGCCGACGCCACGGCACGCACGCCGCCACCGCCACCCAAUCGAUCGCCUAAUCUCCAAAUUUCGUUCUCACGAUCACCGGAUCGCUGGCCGCAUCUCACCUCGACGACUCUCAUAAGGCGUACG